GUAGUGGCUAGUGUCGCGGGAAUGAUUAGCAUUUUACCAACGCAUCGUGUUCACAAGCCAAGAGCCUUCUGGUUCGAUUUAUAAAAUAAACACUCAUUUAAUUUAACCCUUCUUUGUACACAUUUUGUGUACCACCACAGCUGAAGACCUGGAAUCGAAAAUGAACUGGGGGUCCUUUUACGCUGUAAUCAGCGGCGUAAACAGGCAUUCCACAGGCAUCGGCCGCAUCUGGCUGUCUGUCAUCUUCAUCUUCAGAAUCCUGGUCCUCGUGGUGGCGGCCGAGUCGGUCUGGGGCGACGAGAAGUCUGGCUUUACCUGCAACACCCAGCAGCCCGGCUGCAACUCUGUCUGCUAUGACCAGUUCUUUCCCAUCUCACACAUCCGCCUGUGGGCCUUGCAGCUCAUCCUGGUGUCCACGCCUGCUCUCCUAGUGGCCAUGCAUGUAGCCCAUCGCAGACACAUCAACAAGAAGAUCCUGAAGAAGUCCGGGCGCGGUUCCCCUAAGGAGCUGGAACAACUCAAGAACCAGAAGUUUGCGAUCACAGGCUCCCUCUGGUGGACCUAUAUGAUCAGUGUGCUGUUUAGGAUCGUUCUGGAAGUCUGCUUCCUUUAUAUAUUCUACUUGAUCUACCCUGACUUCAAGAUGUUCCGUCUGGUCAAGUGUGACUCGUACCCCUGCCCCAACACUGUGGACUGCUUCGUGUCACGACCCACGGAGAAAACCAUCUUCACCGUGUUCAUGCUCUCCGUGUCGGGGUUGUGUGUUCUCCUCAACCUGGCCGAGGUGGCCUACCUGAUUGGCCGAGCCUGUCUGAGGUGUAUCCAUGGCAACCAGGAAGAGACUAAGGUAGCAUGGAUCGGUCAGAAAUUGUCCUCCUACAAACAGAAUGAAAUCAACCAGAUGAUCGCUGACCAGUCUAAGUUCAAGUUCAACAUGGGAGCUAGGAAAACCUCCAUGGAGAAGGGAGAGAGGUGCUCUGCUUUUUGAUAGGCUGCCCUGGCGGGAGAGAGGUGUUCUGAUUCGCUGCCUAUGGAGAUGAGGUAGAGAGGUGUUCUGAUUCGAGAGAGAGAGAGAGAGAGAGAGACUCUGCUUUCUGAUAGGCUUCCAGGUCCUUGUUCCCACUCAUUUUCACUGCUUCAAACUAAAGAACUAACCAGCUUGGAACCAUACUGUAUAGAAAUCCUCAUUAGCUCCAUCUAGUCAUAACGCCAAUCAUUUCUUCAUCUAUUUAUUCUAGUGCUAGGUUCUGGUAGCUCAGUUGGUAGAGCAUGGCGCUUGCAACGCCAGGGUUGUGGGUUCGAUUCCCACGGGGAGCUAGUAUUUAAAAAUGUAUGCACUCUACUGUAAGUCGCUCUGGAUAAGAGCAUCUGCUAAAAUGAUAAAGAAGAACAAACAAACCCAGAGAGGGGGUAUUGGAUGGGCCCCCCAAAAAUAAAACAAACCCGGACAAACUCAAUGCUGGAUUGGAGGGAGAACUUUGUUUCAUUGUGAUCGACACAGUCACUGUUUUGUCUCACAACCUUGGGGCAGGAACUGGUGGAUAAAGGAACAUUUGUUUCAGCACAUGACUUGACACACCCAUUGUAUUGGAACUCACUGGGGAGUUCCUACAGUGGGGGGACUACUCCUACAGCUUGGAGACUACUCCUACAGCACGAACGAAUCACUCAUUAAGACAUUGGUCUUUUAAAUGGUGCACAGCAAACUAUGGAGCUUUACUACGUUCUUUUAGUACUAUCAGUACCAAGAGGGUUAGCAGCAGCGACAUGGAAAACUGAAUGUCCUAAAAUGGAUUACUGACAACUUCCAUUAACCAGUACGAAAGGAUAUGUUCAUAUCCCACAUUAUACUGUUAUAUAUGGUAUGUUCAUAUCCCACAUUAUACUGUUAUAUAUCUAUGGUAUGUUCAUAUCCCACAUUAGUGUUAUAGGAUAUGUUCAUAUCCCACAUUAGUGUUAUAUAUGAUAUGUUCAUAUCCCACAUUAGUGUUAUAGGAUAUGUUCAUAUCCCACAUUAUACUGUUAUAUGUUCAUAUCCCACAGUGUUAUAUGAUAUGUUCAUAUCCCACAUUAUACUGUUAUAUGUUCAUAUCCCACAGUGAUUUAUAUAUGACAUGUUCAUAUUGCACAUUAUAGUAUUACAGUAUAUACUGCAGUACUGACGAUUGAGGUUCUUUACACAACAACAUCCUUAGCUGCAAAGGAAACCUUACUUAUUGAGGUUACUGCUCACAACCAAAGAUCUGAUAGUGGAUUGAUGGAUACAAAUCUUUGUUAUUAAUAGGCGUUGGUGUUUCUAGGCUCUGAUGGUACUAUAUAGUCUCAUGGUGUUGCUAGGCUCUCAGAUGGUACUAUAUAGUCUCAUGGUGUUUCUAGGCUCUCAGAUGGUACUAUAUAGUCUCAUGGUGUUGCUAGGCUCUCAGAUGGUACUAUAUAGUCUCAUGGUGUUUCUAGGCUCUCAGAUGGUACUAUAUAGUCUCAUGGUGUUUCUAGGCUCUCAGAUGGUAUUAUAUAGUCUCAUGGUGUUUCUAGGCUCUCAUGGUACUAUAUAGUCUCAUGGUGUUGCUAGGCUUUCGGAUGGUACUAUAUAGUCUCAUGGUGUUGCUAGGCUCUCAAAUGGUACUAUAUAGUCUCAUGGUGUUGCUAGGCUCUCGGAUGGUACUAUAUAGUCUCAUGGUGUUGCUAGGCUCUCAGAUGGUACUAUAUAGUCUCAUGGUGUUUCUAGGCUCUCAGAUGGUACUAUAUAGUCUCAUGGUGUUGCUAGGCUCUCAGAUGAUACUAUAUAGUCUCAUGGUGUUACUAGGCUCUGAUGGUAUUAUAUAGUCUGUCAUGGUGUUUCUAGGCUCUCAGGUGGUACUAUAUAGUCUGUCGUGGUGUUUAAAAAGCUCUGACAUGUUAAUCACAGGCAUCUCAACACAUUGUUGUGGAUCUGUCCAGAAAUUGUGGCAUUGUUGACAAGUCACAUGAUGUGCAGUGGAACCUAUGAAGAGGCAAGAAUUAAUUAUUUCAGGCUUGGGCGUUGCCAGGCAAAGUAGAUUAACCAAUAACCUCCUGGUUUUUGAUUGGUUGAAAACAGGCUGUUGUCAUUUUAUUCCAUUAAAUCAUUGUAUUUGCAUAAUAACAUUUAUUUUACACAUUUUUCAUAUUUAAUGUAGAAAAGUUAUUGUACUGUAAUAUAAUCCUGCUCCAUCUCCUCUCUCUUCCUGUCUAGUUUCCAGUUCGCCAGUUUACAAUUUAAUCAUACACAUGGUUCUCAUAGAAGGCUGAAUACAUUGUUGUACAGUAAAAUUAUAAAGAUAUUGAAUUGAACCUGUGCUUGUCAUUCAGCUGUACAGCAGCUCUUUGUUUCUGCUUUAGUUGCAGUAUUAAUGUUCGUCUACCGUAGGUAAACCAUCCAAGUUUUUGGGUUACUUUCCUAAAAUGUCCUUGUUUCCAGAACCCCUAGUUGGAGGAUUAUGGAUUUCCUGCUUUUUGAUUUGGAGAAAGUAAACAGAAUUUUGCAACCCUAAUCCAGUCCAUGGUGUAUAUAAAGACAGGUUAAACAGGUUGUAACAGUGUAUAUAUUAUUGGAAUAAAAUCCAUAAUGAUUUGAACAA